CUAUGUAUCUGUCCAUGUAUGGUAACGAAAAGAAAGACCCUCCAGUGGAAUAGUCAAGUGUCUCAGUCACGCCAGUGAAUGUGAGUUAAUAUGGAGAUGCAGUUGAUAGUCCUGAUUGUCCUACACUUGGUCUCUUCAGUGUCCUCCACUAUGACCAGAGUGGUCAAACCUGGGGAGACUGUCUGUAUGUCCUGUAACGUACCUAUGAAGACCUCGACAAUGUGGUUCGGACAAGAGAGCAACAAGACGCCCUUUGUCAUCAUUUUGGCCAAACUGAGUGAAGUUAAGAAAAAGGAAGUUCUAAAUAAAUUCCUCCACGGCAACAACAAUGCAUUCAGCACAAAGUUAGAGGACAACGGCUCCAUCAGUCUGACCAUCAGCAACAUUAAUGAGUCUUUGCUGGGAUUCUACUAUUGUACUUCAGGAAUCGACAAAGAUCUUACAGUUGGAUCCGGUUACAUUCUUGAAUAUGAGAAGGGCAGUGUUUCACCUAAAAGAGAUGAUGAUGAGAAACUGGAUGGAUUUUCAACAGGUCCUCCUGAGUCUUCAGAAUGUCCUCCUGGGUGUUCGGGGCAGUGCUGGGUGCUGAUGGCCAUUUUGUGUCCUCUCAGUGCUGCUUUAGUGGGACUGUUGGCCUUUAUUCUUACCUGGAUCCUUCACAGAAAAGGAAAAAAUGAAUCAGACAGAAUAAAAACAGACCAGGGACACAGCAACGAUGAACAGGGAGGGGAAGAGGGAGUUCUUUACAGCUCCUUGCGUUUCUCAAAGGAAGAUCAUCGUGGCAAAAGAACAAUCACACAUCAUUAAUGUGAUCCUGUGUAUCUUUAUCAGCUAUUGUUACAUUUAGAACAUGCU